AUGCUCCAGAUUCUCGCGAUUCCGGUUUUCUGCAUUGUGGCAUGGGUAUCCGCGCUGAACGAUCCGUUGUCAGAUUUACCCAAGUUCGGUAAACCGUUGAACAACCUGACGGUCUCGGUGGGCCGUGAAGCCAUUUUCACCUGCAUCGUGGAAAAUCUUGGCCCGUACAAGGUAGCCUGGCUACGUGUGGAUACGCAAACGAUCCUCACGAUUGCGAAUCACGUCAUUACGAAGAAUCAUCGUAUUGCUGUGACACAUAGCGGUCAUCGUGCGUGGUCCCUUCACAUCAGGGACACCAAGGAAACAGACAGGGGAUGGUAUAUGUGCCAAGUCAAUACUGAUCCAAUGUCCAGCAUCACUGGCUUCUUGGAAGUAGUCGUACCUCCGGAUAUCCUGGACUACCCUACUAGCACGGACAUGGUGGUGCGAGAGGGGAGCAACGUGACGUUACGAUGCGCCGCGACGGGUACCCCAGAACCGACGGUGAUGUGGCGUCGCGAAGCAGGAGGCACAAAUUCCCUAUCAAACUGGCACGAGGUGGCUCAGGGACCGGAACUGGAAAUAAUACGAGUCACGCGUCUUCAGAUGGGACCUUAUCUCUGCAUAGCGUCGAACGGUGUGCCACCUGCGGUCAGCAAACGAAUUGUACUCAUCGUUCAUUUUCAACCAAUGGUAUGGAUUGAGAACCAACUGGUUGGAGCUUAUGAGGAUCAGAGACUUACUCUGGAAUGUCGAAGCGAAGCUCAUCCUAGACCAAUUACUUAUUGGACAAGACCGACGAACGAGACAAUUGCUAAUGAUAACAACUAUGAAGUAGAAACAAUACCAAACGGAUACGAAAUAACCAUGAGGCUCACCAUCAAGUCUGUACGGCCUCAAGAUUUUGGAUCCUUCAGAUGUGUGGCAACUAACUCGUUAGGUGAAACCGAUGGAAAAAUCAAGCUCUACAAAAUCGACAGGCCGCCAACAACGCGACGACCAAACGCGAGGCGAGAUUCGAAGAAAUCUUGGAAGAUGGAUCACAAUCACGAAAAGAAGACAGCUGGAAUGAAGGACGAAUCGAUGCUAAAAGGCGUCGAUAACGACGACGAGCAGAUUGAUUUUCAAUCAGCGACGGCUUCCACGUUUCUUCAUCGACAUUUGUUUGCGAAUCUCGGUAUUGUUGUCACGGCGAUUUUAGCAGCUGGAUUGUCGACUUCUUAGGAUAAUUAAUC